UUAUUUUGGAUGAACAUGAAAUCCAAUGAUGAUCACUUUUAUUUUUCUAUGUUUUGUUUUUGAUAACUAAUUACUGUUUGUGUUGCAUGGAAGGUCUUUUAUCUGGAAAAGCUUGGUAAGCUAUGGCCGAGUGUGUUUUGACUUGUGGUCGUAGCCUUAAGGAGCGUUUGGAGAACGCUAUAGUAUCUCAUCCAGAGAAAAUACUCCAACUGACAUCUUGGAUGCAAAGCCAAGGAAAAGUGAUCUUAAAAAACGCUGAAAUCUUAAACCAUUUGAUAUCUAUUUACAAAGUUGAUGGAGAGGAGCUCAUCAACGGCUUGGAAUCAAUUCAGGAAGCUAUAGUGAUAGCUCCUCGGAUUGCACUUGCUAUCCGGCAAAGGCCUGGUUUCACAGAAUAUAUAUGUCUGGAUCUAAAUGCACUCACUAUUGAAGAAAUGAGCGUGCCCCAAUAUCUGCAGUUCAAGGAAAAACUCGUCGAUGGAUGUAGCAAUGGCACCUUUGAGUUUGAAUUGGACUUUGAACCAUUCAAUGCAUCGAUUCCUCACCCAAAGCUUUCAAAAUCUAUUGGACAUGGUGUGGAGAAUCUUAAUCGUCACCUAUCUGCAAAAAUGUUCCAUGACAAUGAUAUGAAGCAGCAACUGCUUGAUUUUCUUCGGCUUCAUAACUACAAGGGCAAGUCACUCAUGGUGAAUGAUAGAAUUCAGAACUUGAACCAACUUCAAUCUGUUGUCAGAGAGGCAGUGGAUUAUCUGUCUACUCUGCCUUUGGAUACCCCAUUUUCUGAUUUUGAAGAUAGGUUUCAAGUGAUUGGUUUGGAAAGGGGUUGGGGUGAUACUGCUGAAUCAGUGUCUGACAUGCUUAAUCUGCUCUUACAACUCCUGGAGGCUCCUGACCAUUGUGCUGUCGAGAAAUUUCUCGGGACAGUCCCUAUGGUUUUCAAUGUUGUUAUUCUCUCACCCCAUGGUUACUUUGCUCAAGACAAUGUCUUGGGCUAUCCUGAUACUGGUGGCCAGGUUGUUUACAUUUUGGAUCAAGUUCCCGCCAUGGAACGCGAGAUGCUUAAACGGAUGAAAAAGCAAGGACUUAAUGAUAUCAUCCCUCAAAUUAUCAUUGUCACUCGCCUUCUGCCAGAUGCAGUUGGCACCACGUGCAAUCAACGUAUUGAGAAAGUCCAUGGAACAGAGCAUUCAUACAUUCUGCGAGUUCCCUUUAGAACUGAGGAGGGAAUUCUUCGCAAGUGGAUCUCGCGUUUUGAAGUGUGGCCAUAUAUGGAGACUUUCACUGAGGAUGUUGCAAAUGAAAUUCUUGGAGAGUUGCAGACAAAGCCGGACUUGAUCAUUGGCAACUACAGUGAGGGUAACCUUGUUGCCACCUUGCUAGCUCACAAGUUUGGGUCAAUCCAGAGUACCAUUGCUCAUGCUUUGGAGAAAACUAAGUAUCCAAAUUCUGACCUAUAUUGGAAGAAAUUUGAGGAGAAGUAUCAUUUCUCCUCCCAGUUUACUGCUGAUCUCAUUGCAAUGAAUCAUACUGAUUUCAUUAUCACUAGCACUUUCCAGGAGAUUGCUGGAAGUAAGAACUCUUAUGGACAGUAUGAAAGUCAUACAGCCUUUACCAUGCCUGGGUUGUACCGAGUUGUCCAUGGGAUUGAUGUGUUCGACCCCAAAUUCAACAUUGUUGCACCAGGGGCUGAUAUGUCCCUCUACUUCUCUUACUCAGAGAAGAGUAGAAGACUGACUAAUUUCCACCCUGAAAUUGAAGAGCUUCUAUUUAGUGCUGUUGAAAAUGAAGAACAUUUAUGUGUGCUGAAAGACAGGAGCAAGCCCAUUCUAUUCACAAUGGCAAGGCUGGAUCGCGUGAAGAACUUGACAGGACUUGUUGAGAUGUAUGGUAAGAGUGCUCGGCUUAGGGAGUUGGUGAACCUGGUUGUGGUAGGUGGAGAUCGUAGGAAGGAAUCCAAGGACUUGGAAGAGCAAGCAGAGAUGAAGAAGAUGUAUGAGCUCAUAGACACCUACAAGUUGAAUGGUCAGUUCAGAUGGAUUUCUUCCCAGAUGAACCGGGAGAGGAAUGGUGAACUGUACAGAUACAUUGCAGACAAGAGAGGAGCUUUUGUGCAGCCUGCUUUCUAUGAGGCUUUCGGUCUGACAGUGGUGGAGUCCAUGACCUGUGGCUUACCAACAUUUGCUACAUUGCAUGGCGGUCCAGCUGAGAUAAUUGUGCACGGAAAGUCUGGCUUCCACAUUGAUCCAUACCAUGGUGAUGAGGUUGCUCAAGUGCUUGUUAGUUUCUUUGAAAAGUGCAGGGAUGACCCCACUCAUUGGGAAGCCAUUUCAGCUGGAGGCCUUAAGCGCAUUCUUGAGAAGUAA